CACUUGUGCUGUUCUUUCACUCUCAUCUGGGAUGCAAUGUCUUACCAUCACAAGAGGAACAUGCUUACUUUUUUUUCUUUUUUACUUUAAGGAGAUAACCGCACCUGAAUUUAUUCCUGGUGGAUUAUAACUAAAUCCCUCUUUGUCAUCUUUGUGUCGAUUUUUGCUUUAACAAGAACCAAUAUAAAAAGUUUUAGAGCUACCCUGGAUCACAGUACAGCUGCAUGCCGUAGUUUCAGCAGCUGAGGAGCAAUGUCAUCUCUACUUUCUCACAGCAAAGAUCAGCCACUUGUUAGAAAGCCUCUCUCUGACUCUUGUUCAGCUUCAUCUGCUGCCAACACCAAGAGCCUGAGGCAUGAGAGGCUGCCAAGACUGGGCUCAUCUGGGUCAUCUGAUCUCUCCAACGACACAUCAACAAACCACGCUGAGUCCUAUUUCCUACGCAGGGAAAACAGACUGUCUGCAAAGAAGAAAGCAGAAGAAGAGACCUUGAACAAUGACUAUAAAAAGAUGUAUGAAAAGGCACUGGUCACCAAUCAAAGGCUCAAGUCUCGACUGGAAACGAAUAAACAGGAGCUCACCCUGAUUCAGGACCAGCUGCAGAAAGCACAGAAGGAGCGACCAAACGACUGUGCCUCUAACAUGCUUGAAGCAGAAAAAAAGGAAAGUUGGAGCCUUAAAAAGAGGAUAUCAGAUAUGGAAGAACAGUUAAAGGUUAAAGCAGAGCUGAAGACGGAGAACCAGAGACUGAAAGAUGAGAAUGGAGCUCUGAUCCGUGUCAUCAGUAAACUCUCUAAAUAAGACAGGAAACAGGAGGUGAGAGGAAGAGUAAAGGAUGCUAGGAGCCAUAUUUAUAUUUUUCAUGAAUUAAAAACAUAAAUCAAUCCUUAAAAUCUAGUUCUCUAGAAAUUCUGGAAAGUUGAGACCAUUCCAGAAGUUAUUAGUGUGUAUAAAUAUAAAUGUUAAAAAGACAGUGUCAGUUCUUGAGUAUUGUUAAUGUUAAUUUUAGAAUAUCAACUUUGCUGUAUUCACAGUAGCAGCGUAAUCUUACUCACAAAUAUGCACAAUAUUGUUGUUUUUUUUUAUUAUUAUUUUGUACAUUAACCAAAUAAAUACAUGCAAAUGUA